GAAGUGGUGCUGAAGCAAAGCCAAAGCACAAGUGAAACUAAACAGUCGAUCAACGUUAGAGGAGAGAAAACAGCCUGAGACGACAAACACAGCAACAUUUUACAGAAAGUUCUGCUUACAGCUAAAACCUGUGCUUUAUCAUGGCUGACACACUGAGGAUUGUCCUGCUGGGGAAAACCGGAGCUGGGAAGAGCAGCCUGGCAAACACCAUCUUUGGGAAGGAGGUCUUCAAAGUCAAACACUUCACCAGCUCAGAAGUCACUCACUGUCAGGUGGAGACUGAACGUGUCCAUGACAGGAACAUCACUGUGGUCGACACACCAGGGUUUUUUCAUUCAGGAUUGUCUGAGAAGAAGCUGAAGGCAGAGAUAGUGAGGUGUGUCUCAGAGUGCGCCCCUGGGCCCCAUGUUUUUCUCAUUGUGUUAAAAGUAGAGAAAUUUACAGAACAGGAAACAGAGGUCAUCAGAAAAAUAGAAGAAUAUUUCUCUCCAGAUGUUUUCAAUUAUUCUUCAGUUGUUUUCACACAUGGCAACCAGCUGGCAGAAGAAAUGAAGAUUGAGGAGUUUAUAAGAAAAAAUCAACGACUGAAAGAUCUGGUGGACAAAUGUGGGGGAAGAUGCCAUGUCAUUGAUAACAAAUACUGGAAAAACAGUCAGCAGGAUGAGACCAGAACAAACCGAUUCCAUGUGACACAGCUGCUUAACACCAUUGAGAAAGUGGUGACAGAAAGCAAUGGUGGGUGCUACACCGUCAACAUGCUAAACGCCUGGCAGAAAAAGUCAGAUUUAGUCUGCUGUUUGGUCAAGAUUUUGGUCAAAUUCACAGGAAAGAAGUCUUUGAUUUUUGGUGUGGUGUUGGUUGUAGGUAUAUUUGCUCUAUGGAGAAGAUGGAGAGAACAUCCUACAGAUAUAAUUUAGGGAAAGAUAUUUGGUCCAAAGAAGUCCAUCUGGUCAAGCAGUUAAGAAAUGUUUAACAUUUUUUUGCAGCCUGUUAUAAACUGACAGCAGUACUACGAUGAUAAUAUUGUUGGCUUAUUAAAGGCUUAUGGGAUUGAAUCUUGCUCUGUUGAUAUUGAAGUUGUACAGAUUAAAAAUCUAAUCUUUAUUUCAACUUAAGUUUUUCUCCUACAUUUAACUUGUUCAGUUUUUGUGUGAUUAGAUGGUGUGUAACAAUUCAUACAGUUUCUUACAAACAAUUGUUUUUUAAAAUAUGAUUUUCAAAAUAUGAUUAAGUACAAUUGUGUUUAUAAUAAACUGUGAUAGUUUAACUUAGAAGAGCUUAUUAAGUAAUGCUCCUUGAUUCUGAUUCCUCUGCCUGUUUUAUCAGAUUGUAAAAGUGUACAUGUGUAUUUUAACUGUAAGUUGUUUGGUUUUAAUGCCUCGGCAGUCCAUAGUUUUAAUGAAGAACAAUUGUUUUUUUUUUUUUUAACUAAAGCUUGUUUGAAUUACAUUUCUUAUGCAAAAU